ACAAUUAUUUUAGCAGUGUUUCUCUUUUCCAGCAUCUUCGUCAGAAUAAUAUUGGUGCCUGUGGGACCGUUCGAAGGAAUGCCUCCAGAUUCCCAAAAGAAUUGAAAGAUAAUGGCCCUGUUACGAUGUUAUCAACGAUACAUGGUCUUGUUGGUGAAGAAUGGGAAGUAAUACAGGAAAGGCGACGACCAAGGCAAACCAGUACCAAUGCGGCUAAGGUACGUGAGAUGUUUGGCUCCGAGUCAAAAAAAAGACUGAAAAUUUUCAAGAUUGUUGACGAUUACAAUCACUACAUGAACAGCGUGGAUCUUGCAGACCAAUUGCGGUCAUAUUACAAUACGCAAAAAAUAUCACGAAGAAACUGGAUGCCUCUUUUUUUUUGGCUCCUUGAUACUGCAAUUAUCAACGUCUACCUGAUUGCUAAAACUAUAGGGUCAAUUCAAGAAUACAAAGAAUUCUGCUGCAGUCUUGUUUGGGACCUCCUAAAUUUUGCUAAUGAUAAUAGUGAAAUUCAACUAAGAAAUAACGAAAAAAAAAAACUAGAUCUAAAAAAACAAACUGGCAAAAAAAAAACUGUACCUAAUCCUCGAUCAACUGCUCAACUUAUUUUACGAAAACACAACUCUUUUCAUAGCCUUCAUAAAGCUUCGAGUGUCUAUAUUAACUACUACAAUAUUUUUAUUGACAACUCUACUGCUGCUCAGUCUUAUCUUCAAUCAUUAUACUCAGAUGAAGAAGAACAAACAACAGAAGGAACCACUACACCUAUUUUAUUACCAUCUUCUCCUAAUACUAUUAUUAGGAUAGAAAUACCUGUUAUUGCAUCUACUUUUACUACAACUUCUACUCAAACUACUCAAUUAGAAAGAAGUGAAGAAUCUUUAACCCCACCUGAUAUUCAAAGUGUUAAUCUAGAAGAAGCCUCCUUAUCAUCUACUUCUUCACCUAAAUUUAUCCAAAGGGUUUAUAAAACUUUGGUAUCUUAUAAAACUCCAAGAAUAGCUGAAACUGCAUUAGUACAUACUGCAGAAGAAGAAGUUAUUACCUCUACAACUUCAUUAGACCAAGACUAUUAG